AGUCCCAUCUGGAGAACCAAAUUGGCCCCCCAAAUCACCCUACGACGCCCUACUCAGCUCUCCCAGUGGCCGAAAGAAGCUGGAACAGCGCCGUGAUCGCGAUUCUCCCUCCCCAUCGCCACUACGAAGGCCCUCUUCCACGAGACGACCAAUGUCGAGGGGGCGAGUUUCAUCAGAUGACGAGGACGACGAUGAGGAGACACUGGAGCUCAAACUCAAGGCAAUCGAAGCACGAUUGAAGCUCAAAAAACUAAAACAAGCACGAGCUAGGCGGGCGGAGAGUGAAGAGGGUGACAAUGGCUCAAGGACGGGGUCGCGGGCAAAUACGUCAACUUCAGCACCCAUCAAGGUAUCUGGGUUACGGGUACCUCGCGAUAUUCCACGUCCACAAUCCGCUGUCCAGGUUCCAGGAUCUCCUGUGCGGAACAGCAGAGCUCCAGACGUUCAAAAAUCACCCGCGCGCGUGUUAUUGGGGAUCGACAAAGGAUUGAGAGCUCACGAUGUGUCCUUGAAGAGAGCAUCAAGUUUCAACCACCGGACCGAUGCUGCUCGUGAUGCUACUGGAUCAUUAUCGCGGGCGAAUUCCCAACGAGGUCGGACUGAAGUUAGCACUCCUGCUCCACGGGGAAAGAGUUUCAGCGAGCGGAUAGCGGAAAGCAGGUUGAAUGACAAGGAGCGUCAGGACAAGCUCUCGAGAAUUGAGAGCUCGCGAAGUCGUGGCUUCGGGGUCAGCGCGGAUGAUUUAUAUUCGUCUCAAGAUCUACCAGGAUCACGAACAAUGUCGUCACUAUCUUCUAGCAGCACCAGGACCGAAAGCCGUGCGAUGGCCCCACCUGUCAAUAAUACUCAAUAUCUCCAAAAGAGCCGCUCCUUAGCCGCUAUAGAGAAGUCCGCGACACCAAGAAGGUCUCACGCCACCACCACCACAUUCUCCUCUAAAUCCUCAGCUAGCAACACUCGCAACCCUAAGCCUCCUCCAUCCACCGCAAACCCCUCUUCCGAACUUUCUAACGUCAAUGAAUCCAUCGAACCUUCAAUCUUCGAGACUUUCUCUGGCUUCCACCUCUCAAAACGUCUUAUCCCGCACAACACUUUAACCCGUACCCUGGACGGCAAGUCCCUCUAUAAUCUCCCGAAACUUCUCAAAGAAGUCAAAGGCCCAGAAUAUGACACUCCAGAUGUUGAAUCCGACUAUGUGGUGCUAGGCAUCAUCGCCUCGAAGUCAUCUCCUUUAACGCCCAAGAACGCUCGCAAGAUCAACGCUAGUGACAACGACCCAGACGAUGCUGCAAAUGGGCCAAGCAAGUUCAUGGUACUGCACUUGACGGAUCUGAAGUGGGAGAUCGAUUUGUUUCUUUUCGAUACAGGCUUCUCCCAGUUCUGGAAGUUGAGCGUGGGGACCAUCAUUGCAGUGCUGAAUCCGGAGAUCAUGCCGCCACGAAACCGUGCCACCGGACAGUUUUCACUCAAACUAUCAAGCAGCGAAGACACUGUGCUGGAAAUUGGCAUGGCGCGGGACUUGGGAUUCUGCAAGGCGAUCAAAAAAGACGGCAAGGAGUGUCGGCAGUGGAUCGAUGGACGAAAGACAGAGUACUGUGAUUUCCAUGUCGAGCUGGCAAUUGAUAAGAGCAAAAGGGGUAGAAUGGAGGUCAACACUAUGACAGGUUUUGGAAAAGGAACGAGAGGGGGUGGUGGUAGCAGGGGCGGGCGUGGCGGGUCCGGUGGGAGGGGGGGGGGACAAGGCGGUAAAGACGAUGGAUUAGUGAGACAGGGGAGGUUUCAUGAUCGAAAUCUCCACGAGACAGUCUAUAUUGCUCCUGGGUCGAGGAGUGCCGCGCAGUUACUAGACGAGGAAGAUACGAUCACCGGAGUGGGCAGGGCGGAGGCGCAUCGGAAACGGCUCGCAGACCAGGAGAGGGAGAGGGAGUUAGCAAAGAGGCUAGGUGAGGCGGGGAAUGGUAUGGGCGCUGCUUAUAUGAAAGCGAGAGGUGUUGAUAAGCAAGAACAGGAAGAGAAACGAGCGGAGGCCGAGAAGCAGAAGGGCGAGAGUCUCGGCGAAGAAACGUUGAGUCUGCUGGGUCGAAAAGCUGGAGACGUCACACUAAGUCCUGUGAAGCGUAAACGAAGCACGGGGUUCAGCAGCACCAACAAGACAAGUGAGCCGAUGGGAUGGGGCGGAGCUUUCCAACGAGGCUUACCUGUUCCGAAAAAGAAAGAGCGAGAGGAGAGGGAAGUCAGUCCAGCCAAAAAGAAAGCGAGGUUCAUGCUCGAGAAGAAGGGUAUCAGGGAGCCAGGACGGGAUAGUCUUGGUGGAAUGGACAUUGGGCUGAUAGCUGCUAUGGACGAGGACGAUGACGAUGAUGACGGCUUGGAGAUUAUUCCCAGCAUGCGCUCCUCAUCAUCAGAACAUCGACUGUCACCUGAGCAGCCCUCCUUCUACGCUAUAAUUGCCUACGAAGACCCCUACGUCCAACCGCUCAUCCUCUCUGCACUCAAUAAACGCUUUCCCGAUCAGUACAACCUCAUUCCCUCCCUCUUGGAUCUCCCUUCUACCACGCCGUCACCAGAUAAAGCCCCGCAAAAGGAUUCAGAACCCAACCUCCUGCAAAUUCUCCCAUACGAAUCUCUCUUUUUGGACCACGCUCUCGCCCAUCCAACCACAUCCCUCAUAAACGCCUACAUUAUCCGUAAAGCGCUGAUCCGUAAGCACUACCUCGCCACCACCGUCGCGAACUGGAUCGUCAAGAACCCCGACGGUGUACUGAAAACGAACGUCGUGCCCGGCGAGAGCUUCGAGGUCGAUUACGUCGAGUUCCUAGACGAAGCAGUACUGGAAUGCUGGGGCCUAAGGGAGAGCUGGGACCGGAACACCGCCAAAGAAACCUCCCGCGAGGAGCGAGUCUCAGGCAGCGACCCCCAAGAGCGCGAAUGGUGGAUCCUCAAACCCGGCCUCAGCGACCGCGGGCAGGGCAUCCGCCUCUUCAGCUCCGAAGAAGAACUCACAGCGAUCUUCGAGGAAUGGGAUCCCGACAGCGACAGCGACAGCGACGACGACAACGAGAUCUCUCCCUCCCCCUCCCCCUCCGAGAACGAGAGCACCAGCCUCCCGCAACCCCCCAAGGAAGCGACGUCCUCAGACGACCGCAUCAUAACAUCCCACCUCCGCCACUUCACCGCGCAGCCCUACAUCCACCCGCCCCUCCUACUGCCCCCUCCCGGCGCACCCGCCGACGCGCCCCGCAAAUUCCACAUCCGCACCUACGUCCUUGCCUACGGCGCUCUGCGCGUGUUCGUCUACAAACCCAUGCUCGCCCUCUUCGCCGCGGCGCCGUACGUCCCGCCCUGGGUGUCCCCCGCCGCGGGUGCCGACGUCAACAGUGCCGCGGGCCUGCGCGCGCAUCUGACGAACACGUGUCUGCAAGAGACCGGGGAGCGGGAGGGGAGUGUGGGGUUGUUUUGGGAGUUGCCCGACGCCGUCGGCAACGCAGAAGCAGUAGACGGUAAGGGGUGGAAAGAGGAAGUGUUCCAGCAGAUCUGUGCUGUGACGGGCGAGGUGUUUGAGGCGGCGGCGAGGGGUAUGGGCGUGCAUUUCCAGCCGCUGCCGAAUGCGUUUGAGGUGUUUGGGUUGGAUUUUUUGGUUAAAGAUGGGGGGGAGGCGGCGUGCACGACGUAUUUGCUGGAGGUGAAUGCCUUUCCGGAUUUUAAGCAGACGGGGGUUGAGUUGAGGGAUUUGAUUGGGGGGCUGUGGGAGGGGGUUGUGGAUGUGGCUGUUGGGGGUUUCUUUGGGUUGGAUGGAGAAGCGGGGAGGGAUGAGAGGAUGGUAGAGGUGUUAGAUAUUGAUCUUGGGAGGCGGUAG